GCCUAAAGCAAUUUCCGGUGACAGGCUGAAGCGUCAGACCCACGGCAGUAGACUCAGUCCACGCGCGUGUUGUUAACUACAACGCCUUCACUCCAUCACGGAACCACACAACAGUCAACGAGAACAGCCUUCAACCCCAAUGGAAGUGUUAGUUCCGUCGUAAAUGAUAGCACUUAACGUGUGUUGCCGUUGGAAGUGAGUGUGGGGAUUAAAGGAGAGCAGUGCGUGGGGCUGAGUGGCAUCCACAAGCAAGCUUCUGACCGAACGGCCGGAUAAAGUUGACCUAACAAGUUUGCUGGAGGAUUCCAGGAGAAAGACAUUUAUAAAAUGCCUGUGGCAACAUCUUGUUCUGACUCUGCCAUGCAUCAGGCCUUCGACACGCUGAGUGACAGCAUCAGCUCCACCACCGCCAAUGACCUGGACCUCAUCUUCCUCAAAGGCAUCAUGGAGAGCCCCAUGGCUAAUGAGCGCUUUGAAGAGCCCAAGCUUGAGGCAGUGAGGGAGAACAACGUGGAGCUGGUCCAGGACAUCCUCAAGGAGCUCAGUCCUCUGGCACACAGGAGCCACACAGCCGACGAGCUGCUCCGUAUCUUGAAGGAGCCCCAUUUUCAGUCUCUCCUGGAGACCCAUGACUCUGUAGCUUCUAAAAACUAUGAGACUCCUCCUCCAAGCCCCUGUGCCUUCAUGGAUGCAGCUCUCAACAACCAACCUGUCCCACCUGACGCCGUCAGGAUGGUGGGCAUCCGAAAGGUGUCUGGUGAGCACCUGGGAGUAACAUUUCGAGUGGAGAGUGGCGAGUUGGUGAUCGCCAGAAUCCUCCAUGGAGGCAUGAUUGACCAGCAAGGUCUGCUCCAUGUGGGGGACAUCAUUAAGGAGGUGAAUGGCAAGGAGGUGGGGAACGACCCCAAAGUGCUACAGGAGAUGCUGAAGCAGGCGAGUGGAAGCGUGGUGCUGAAGAUCCUGCCCAGCUAUCAGGAGCCACACACACCCAGACAGGCCUUUGUUAAGUGUCACUUUGACUACGACCCAUCCCACGAUAACCUGAUUCCCUGUAAAGAAGCAGGGCUUGGAUUCUGCAGUGGCGACAUUCUGCAAAUAUUCAACCAGGAAGACCUCAACUGGUGGCAGGCCUGCCACAUCCAGGGAGGUAGUGCAGGUUUAAUUCCAAGUCAGCUCCUUGAGGAGAAGAGGAAAGCCUUUGUGAAAAGAGAUCUGGAGCUUGUUACUACAGGUCCUCUGUGUGCUGGAAUGGGUGGCAAGAAGAAGAAAAAGAUGAUGUAUUUAACCACUAAGAAUGCAGAAUUUGAUCGUCACGAGUUGCGAAUCUAUGAAGAGGUCGCCAAGGUGCCGCCGUUCAGGAGGAAGACGUUGGUCCUGAUUGGUGCCCAGGGCGUUGGCCGUCGCAGUCUAAAGAACAAGCUGCUGGUGUUGGAUCCCCAGCGUUAUGGCACCACCAUCCCUUUCACCUCCAGGAAGCCAAAGGUAGACGAGAAGGACGGUCAGAUGUACUCCUUCAUGACACGCAGCGAGAUGGAGUGUGACAUCAAAAACGGCCGUUUCUUGGAACAUGGCGAGUACGACGGGAACUUGUAUGGUACGAAAAUCAACUCCAUACAAGAGGUGACAGAAACAGGGAAGAUUUGCAUCCUGGAUGUCAAUCCCCAGUAUACGUUCCUAAAGGCUCUCAAAGUCCUGCGGACGUCAGAGUUCUUGCCCUACGUUGUUUUCAUUGAGGCGCCUGAUUUUGAGGUCCUCAAAGCCAUGAACAAAUCAGCAAUCGAGUCUGGAGUGGUCACUAAACAGUUAACGGACUCCGAGCUCAAGAGGACGGUGGAUGAGAGCGAGCGCAUUAAGAGGGCCUACGGACAUUACUUUGACCUCUGUAUCGUAAACGAUGGCCUAGAAGCAACCUUCCGAAAUCUACGGGCCGCCAUGGAAAAACUGUUUAACGAGCAGCAGUGGGUGCCUGUCAACUGGGUGUUUUGAAGAAUGGCGGACGAUUUAACCCCCACGGCGCCGUCCAAGUGGGUGUUUUUGAACUUGGUGUUGUAUUUAAUUUGUAAUACUUCUGUUGAUUUUGGAACUGUUCUAGAGCUAACGGGGUUUAGUGCAAUGGUGAGAGUGGGUGUGUUGUUAUGGAACUAGAUAUAGAAUAGGGAUGGGCAUAAAAAGCAAACCAUUGGUCAGUUGUGAAGAUUUUAUUGUCUAAGCAAUUGAGGCAAAGUGGAAUGCACUGCUUAACCACUAGAGGCGCUGUUGAUUCAGUUUACUGUACUUUAAUCCUUAAAGCUGGGGUACUUGAAUCUUGUGUCACCAGGCAGAAUUCUAACUGUAAAUCCCGCCCCUGACACUACGCACCUUUCUGAUAGUCCCUCCUAGUCUCCUAGAGACUGUAGGUGCACACGCAUAGCUUGUUGACAGUCUUAAGUUGCAUUGAAGGAUGUCCUAGUUCCUAUUUUGGUGCAGACUAUCUGUUACACACGUCACCAUGCAAAAGUAUACACCAAAUAUAGGACAAAUUGAACAAUUGGUUACCUGUCUAGAAGGAAAACAGCCACUUGCGUGACCAAAGUUAGUCCAAGACCGGCCCGCAAUGCCCUCCAUCUUGAAUGCGCCGGACCAAUAUUUAUCGGUUUGGCUCAUCUUAGAUUUAUUUUUAUAGAUCUACAGCGUCUUUCUUUUCUUACUCGGAUUUCCUUUUUGUUUUGUUUUUAUCAGUAUAUGCUGUAACAGCAAGCACAGGUAUUGCGGUCUUUCCAGGUGGUGUUAGGCAGCCAUGCUUUACUGCAAACAAGCUUGCUUCACUAUAUAUCGCGUCAGCCAAAGAGGAGGCUCACCCCUCCUUUCUCUAAAUCUUGUGGUUGGAUCUGGAGGGGUUGAUCGCCACUAAAAUACUUAAUUAUAAGAAACAGACAGCACACAGAUGUACGAUUUUUUCUGAAAUAAUUACUGUUACGAUAUACUAUAUGAUGCUAAUAUGAUUUUUUUUUAAAGUAAAAUAAUAUAACUCGGGUACCCCAGCUUUAAGGCUCCUUAAAAUAUAAAUUAAAAUGUGUACCUUUAGGCCCAAAAAUGUAACAUAAAAACAUUACUUUUCACUUUUGCCACAUCAGAUCUUUUCACCAGACAUAACUGUCAACCUUCCCGUUUUGGCCGGGUAAUCACAUUAUUUGUAUUACUUUCUCCCGGUCACCUUUUCUCCCCCUGGAUUUUGUCAACAUGAAAAAUGGAAUGCUCAACAAUACUGCUGCUACCACAGCGGGUCCACUCGGCACCUCAAAAGGUGGGCUGGUGACAGCUGCACGGCAAGUUACAUUCAAUAAAAUCAACAACGCCAGAGAGAUGGAUGGACAUCUCUGACAAAAAUCCAAACUUUGAGUAAAUACUUUGACAAAUAAAUCAUAGGAAACUAUUAUCUUUCUCCAAAGAAGAGCAGGCAGCUGCUCACACUUCCUGCUUUCUGUAACAUUGAAGGAGAAAAGACAGAAAAAUAUAUUUCAAAUAUAAGUGCCAGAUUUGUUUUUAUUUUCAUUUAUGUAAAGUUACAUGGUUCUUUGUUAGAAGCCUCAUAUUCCAUCUGACCGAUGUGUUUGUCAAUGUUCAGUGACACUAUUGUGAUAGAAGGGACAAGGAUUCAAAUCCCCUCCAGCACAUUAAGGGCCUGAUUUACCAAAGGUUUGCGUGGGCUAAAACACGUGCAAACUUGAUUGCACAUUUCAUAGAUUCGCUUUGCGUGUGCUAAGAGGAUUGCGUCUGUUCAAUGAGCAGAAUAAGGUGUGCAAUCCAUUUUGCAUCUCUGUCUUCAUUAAAAUGCAAAAUAUAUGUUGAUCAUCAAAACACCCACAAUAUUGGGAGGAGAAAAUGCAAAUAUUAUACAGCAAUGUGAUUCAUCAACACUCAUCACCGUUUUGGGAGCACUAUUUAGCUUGUUUGAAAAGGACGUGCAAACUGACAGUUCCACACAAAGCUGUGAGAGGGCUGUUGGCGCUGCAAAGACACAGAGAAUUCCUCAUCCUGUGUGUAAAUUUUAACAUAUUUAAACAGUCAAAAAUAAAAAAAUAUCAGACAUCUAUUCAGCAACAGCCUUUUAUAAUUUCAUAGCUGCUAGAU